CUCAAAAAUCAUGAUGUUCAAAUCUAGGUUUGCAUAAGGGGCUUUCUUAGGUGGGGUAAGGAGAAACCUUGAAGAACUUAAUUAUUUUGGCUGCAACAUAAGCAAGUCUGAUAAAGGAGAUAAUGAAAGUUGGGAGCCACCAAGCACCCAAAUUUUGAUGUCCAUUCCAUCCCUUCUCCCAAAAUCCCACCUCUCCAGCACCCAAGCCCACAUCCAAAAACCAUGGAAGAAUCCCCUUCCACUCCCCCACCCCAACAUUCCAACUCCACAAGCAUCAUCAAAAUCCCCAAUAAAUCAAGAAGAACAACAAGCCCCCAGCAUUCCUCCCCUCUCCAAUCAUCCCCUCAACUCCCUCAUAGAUUCCAUCAAAUCCUUCUCCUCCCAUGGCCACCUUUCCAAGGCCUUCACCACCUUCUCCUUUCUGCGCCUCCACUCCUCCUCUCUUCUCCUCCCCAUCCCCCUCUCUUGCCUUCUCUCCUGCACCACCUCCCAGAGAGCCCUCCCCCAGGGCCACCAGCUUCAUGCUCUUAUCCUCUCUCUUGGCCUCCAAGACCACCCUUCUCUUCUCCCCAGGCUCACCACCUUCUAUGCCACCUUUAACCUCCGUUCCGAUGCCCGUGCAGCAGUCUUUUCGUCGAACACCUUCCAUGUCCUUCCAUGGAAUCUGCUCAUCUCCGCCUGUGUUCGAGAUGGCUUCCCUGCCGACGCCCUCCUCGUCUACAAAGAGAUGGUUCGGAGGGGCGUCGAGCCCGAUCGUUUCACUUUUCCGUCCGUUCUCAGGGCUUGCAGCGAGGUUCUCGACUUGGAUUUGGGAAAGGAAGUGCAUCGAUGCAUCGAGAACGGUAGCAUGGGGUGGAAUUUGUUUGCUUACAAUGCUUUGGUGGCAAUGUACUCCAAGUGCGGGGAGUUGGGUGUUGCCCGGAAGCUGUUUGAUGAGAUGCCUGAGAGAGAUGUGGUGAGUUGGAAUUCGAUGAUCUCGGGCUAUGCUUCGAAGGGGAUGUGGGAUAAGGCUCUUGAGUUGUUUGACAUGAUGCGGGCGGGGAGCUUGGAGGUGAGCUCUGUGACUUGGAAUACAAUCAUUGGAGGCAGCUUGCAGAUGAGUAAUUAUAGAGAAGCACUGAGACUGAUUUCUCAAAUGAGAGCGAGUGGGUCUGCUAUGGACUUUGUGACAUUGAUUGUUGGCUUGAAUGCAUGUUCUCGGCUUGGUUCUCUGAGAUUGGGGAAGGAGAUUCAUGGGUUGGCAAUCCAUACCUUUUGCGACGGGUUUGAGACUGUGAGGAAUGCAUUGAUCACAAUGUACUCGAGAUGUAAGGAUAUGGACUCUGCUAAUAUUUUGUUUCAGAUGGCUGAAAUCCGGAGCUUGGUGACAUGGAAUGCUAUGAUUGCGGGCUUCGCCCUCUCAGACCAAGCAGAGGAGGCUUCCCAGGUUUUCCGAGACAUGAUCCACUCUGGAGUUGAACCAAACUACGUGACGGUUGUGACCUACCUUGCUCUCUGCGCUCGGGUUGCAAACCUGCAGCACGGGCGAGAGCUCCAUUGCUUCAUAACCAAGCAUGGAUUCGAGGGCCACCGAUUGUUGUGGAAUUCUCUCGUUGACAUGUACUCCAAGUCGGGCAGGAUCUUGGUAGCUCGAAAGGUCUUUGAUGUGAUGAGUGACCGUGACGAAGUCUCCUACACUUCGAUGAUUGCAGGGUAUGGAAUGCAAGGUGAAGGCAUCACUGCAUUGGAGCUUUUUGAUGGCAUGAUUGAUAGUGGGAUCAAACCAGACCAUAUAGCCAUGGUGGCUGUCCUAUCGGCCUGCAGCCACUCAGGACUUGUAUCCCAGGGCCAGGCACUCUUUGAGAAGAUGGUUGAUUCUUAUAACGUUGUGCCGCGAAUGGAGCACUACUCUUGCAUGGUGGAUUUAUUCAGUCGAGCAGGUUUAUUGGGGAAGGCAGAGGAGAUUCUUGAUGGAACACCAUUCCCACCGACAUCUGCAAUGUGGGCAGCUCUUGUUGGGGCAUGUCAGGUCUAUGGGAACACAGAGAUUGGGGAGAGGGCAGCGAGGAAGCUGCUGGAGAUGAGGACCGACAAUUCCGGGCAUUAUGUUUUGAUUGCUAACAUGUAUGCAGCUGCUGGGUGUUGGGAAGAACUAGCGAAAGUGAGGACAAUGAUGAGAGACCUGGGUGUUAGGAAGGCACCAGGUCUGGCAUGGGCUGAUCUGGGGAAUGGAUUCCAUCCAUUUGUGGUGGGGGAUAGAUCAAAUCCACUCGCUCCUGAGAUCUACGAGAUGUUGGAGGGGUUGACCGACCAAAUGAGGGAUGCUGGAUAUGUUGGCAAUCUGGAUUUGUGGUUAGAGGAGGAAACUAAGGGUUAAAGUUGCAGAGAGUCCAGGAUGUAAGUCAAACCCUCAGAUGGAAUUCUCAAAGAUGAGGAUUGAAGAGGAAUUCUUCCUUUAUAUUUCUGGAAUCAUUUUAUGUCAAGAACUGCAACCAAAGCUUGUGAUUUGGCACAUUUGGAGUGACCUCUUCAAUUAUGUUAUCACCGAUGAUGUUCUACAGAAUCCACACCCGUUUAUCUGCUGGUGAUGCCCAUCCUAAAUGACUGGCUUUAGAGUGGAUGUUAGCGAAGAAAGAAUAGAAUGCAAAAAGAGGAAUUCCAUGAUCAGAAUCUGGUUAUACAAGGACAAUUUAAACAUGAAACUGGCAUCCCAAGCUCAAGCUUCUAACUCCAGAAAGCUCAUGGAACUGAUGAAGCAAUUGAGCGCCUACAGAGAAUUUAAAUUGAGGAAGCAGAAAGGAGGGAAAAAAAAAAUUUCAUUUUUCUUUAAGUUAUUGGGAGCGUAAGGUCAGUGAUUGGACAUUAAAAAACAAUAAAGGGUUCGAUAUUUCUUGGA